AUGGCGCGACAGACAACUCGCGGUCACAAGAGCCAGCGCGCCUCAGCCGGCCUUCAUCUACUUCAACAGAAGUCCUCCAAGGUCCCAGCUACUCAAGAGACCCCCCGACGUGAUCACGGCAUGAAAACCAAAGGUGGUCCUGCAAUGAAACGACCCAUGAGAGAAUCUGGGGCUGUCCAGAGAGCUCCCAAAAGCAAGCAGAGGGUCUCAGCCGCUGUUGUCUUCAAGAACAAGAGGAGCACCGGAGCCAACGGCACAAAGCAAUCCAAGCGCAGAACUCCUACUCCGGAAUCCACACCAGAAUUAGACCUAGCGGAUGAGUUCGCAGAUGGCCUCGAGGAAGCUCGUAACUCUAUUAACACCAACCUCGAAGCCAGCUUUCACAACGUCCACGAGGCGUUCGUGACGAGGCUUGCAGAAUCUAGAUCAAAGGAUGAGACUUUCCUCAAGUCCAUCUCGGCCACGACGCAGACACUCAAUGCGCCGCUUACUGAAGAGCAAAUCGAAACCACUUUCACCCGCGAGGGCAAACGGGUGACCGAGAUCGUGCGGAUCGGCAAGAGCAUUGUUCAGUUCAAGAAGAGCAUUGAGAAAGACGAGGCCAAGUUGGCUGGUUACUGGGCGCAGUGGAAAGAAUUGGAGGAUGAUUUCGUCGAGCUUGGCGUGGAGGGUUUCGGCGAAAGAGCCUUUCCGGCCAGUGAAAUCGGGGAGAGGAAGAGAGGCACGGGUUUCAGGAGAGAGAUGGAGCUGUUGGACCUAGAGCAUGAUGCUAGGGCAAAGGAGCUCAACGAGGAGAUUGCAGGAAUUGGAAUGAAUGUAUUGAAGAAGGUGAAGGCAUCAGAGAAGGAGCUGGACACUAAUGAGAAGAUGGAGCAGGCCAGACUUCUCCAGGCAAUCUUUCAAGGCUAA